GAUCGCACUACCGAUGGAGUUAUUUUAUCAGAAGAAAGUAUGCAUGAUACAAGAAACGACAAUUAUGAACUUACUGAACAAUGUAUUGCUGCAACCUACAGUAAGCGGUGAAACGAAAUACUGGAUUGGACUGCAUCGAAGAAAUGUUCAUGGCCAGUACGAAUGGUCAGAUGGUUCAGCAUUUGAUUACAUGGUACAGACGGUGGUAAACGAAGAUCCAGAUGAAGAAGCUGGUGCCUGCACAGCAAUUAAAUUCAAUGUCAGCAAAUUAUUGCAUAAGCAAAUUAUUGCAGCAUACACAUGGAUUCAUCAGCGAUGCGACAGCCGACACUUAGCGAUAUGCCGAAAACCUGGCUUUGAUUUCAAAGUUUCUAAGACAAAAUCAAGGAAAGAGGAAGAAGCGGCAAAAUCGCUGAGUUGGAAAUGCUCCAGAGAAUACAAAUUAUUCAGAGGAAUGUGCUACAAGGUGUUUGGUACAAAGAACAGCGGUGUAUCAUUCAGCGAGGCGAUUAAUGGGUGCAAAAACGAAAAGGCUAAUUUAGUCAGCUUGACCGAUAUCUACGAGCACGGUUUCUUUCACUUAUUUUUGCCAUUUGAAAAAAAAAAUUUUUUUUUUAAGAUUACUCAAAUGACGUUAGCAGUUAGUGUGGGUACUCCCAUGUGGUGUUACUGAAA